AUGAAACAUCUACAAGAUGAAAUUCAUCGGCGUUCGCUGGAGACCCCAGAGUCUUUCUGGGCCGACCAUGCCGCGAAACUUCACUGGCACAAAUCUCCGAAGUCUGUCUUGACCAAGACAACGAAGAAACUCGGAAAGGAGAUCGAAUAUCCCCAUUGGGAGUGGUUCACGGGCGGUGAAAUAUCAACAUGUUUUAACUGCGUUGACCGUCAUGUUCUUGCCGGUAACGGCGACAUGCCUGCCAUUCUCUAUGAUAGCCCUGUUACCAAGACGAAAAGGAGUCUCACCUACGCGCAACUACUCGACGAGGUCGAGGUAACGGCUGGUGCCCUAAGAGAAGAAGGCGUGAAGAAAGGAGACGUUGUGUUGGUUUAUAUGCCAAUGAUUCCCGCUGCUUUAAUUGGUAUUCUUGCUAUCAACAGGCUCGGCGCAAUCCAUACUGUUGUAUUCGGUGGAUUUGCCGCUGCUUCCUUGGCCCAACGCAUCGAAGCAUCUAGACCCGUGGCCAUACUGACGGCUUCGUGUGGAAUCGAUGGCGCCAAGCCGCCAAUGAGCUACAAACCUUUGGUAUCAGAGGCUAUUCGAAUCUCUAGCCACAAGCCAAGUCGCGUCGUAGUCUGGCAGCGCGAUGGACUACAGUGGAAUCCGUUGGAUAGAUUGGCAGGGGAGCGCAAUUGGUUUAAGAUGGUACGGAGCUGUAGAGCAAGAGGCGUGAGGGCUAGUUGCGUACCUGUUGGUGCUGCUGAUGGGAUCUACAUCAUUUACACUAGCGGAACGACCGGCUCUCCUAAAGGGGUUGUUCGCCAAGCAGGUGGCCACGCAGUCGGCUUGCACCUUUCAAUAAGUUACCUGUUUGGUGUUCGUGGACCUGGAGAUGUUAUGUUUACAGCGAGCGAUAUUGGUUGGGUAGUAGGACAUUCUUACAUCAUCUACGCACCUCUCCUUGUCGGGGCAGCCACGGUUCUUUUCGAAGGAAAGCCCGUGGGAACACCAGACAGCUCAACGCUUUGGCGCAUUGUACGCGAUUACAAAAUAACGAGCUUAUUCACUGCCCCUACUGCCUUGAGAGCUAUCAAGAGAGAUGACCCGGAAAACAAAUUCCUCAAGCGGAUAGGCGCACAAGGAGGCCUAAGAAGUCUAAAAGCGCUUUUCCUUGCUGGAGAAAGGUCAGAGCCAUCGAUAAUCACGAUGUAUCAGGAGCUCAUACGGGAGUAUGGCGCCUCCGAUGCCACCGUAGUAGAUAAUUGGUGGUCGUCAGAAUCUGGUUCACCAAUUUCGGGCAUCAGCCUAGCCCCACACGCGGCUAACCCCAGAGAAGGUAAAAUCGAAAGGGAUAAACCACUGCCCGUCAAGCCGGGAAGUGCUGGCAAGGCGAUGCCGGGAUUCGAUAUUAGAGUGGUGGACGAUGAUGGCAACGAGGUGAAAAGAGGCAAAAUGGGCAAUAUUGUUUUGGCAAUCCCCCUUGGCCCCACGGGUUUCACAAUGCUAUGGAAUGAUGAAGAGAGAUUUUACAGUAGUUAUCUCAAGAGAUUCAAUGGGAAAUGGAUUGACACCGGCGACGCCGGGGUUAUAGAUAGCGACGGUUAUGUCAGUAUCAUGAGUCGGAGUGACGACAUUAUCAAUACAGCAGGCCACCGCCUGUCUACUGGCUCUAUCGAACAAGCGAUAACAAGCCAUCCUCUGGUCGCUGAAGCUAGUGUUGUCGGCAUUCCGGACUCCUUGAAAGGCCAGCUUCCUUUCGCCUUUAUAAUACUCUCAGUUCCCGAACAUCCUAUUUCCGCCAUACUAGAUGAGGUAUUAUAUAACGAGAUACAAAGCCUAGUUCGAACGCAGAUCGGCGGUAUUGCAACCCUCGGUGGUAUAAUACAGGGCAAAGGGAUGAUUCCUAAAACGCGAUCUGGCAAGACUCUUCGAAGAGUUCUGAGAGAAUUGGUCGAGAACGCCGUUCAUGAUGAGCUCGAGAAUGAAGUACAGUACCCAGCCACCAUUGAGGACGUGUCUGUGAUUGAUAUCGCAAAGUCGAAAGUUGCCGAAUAUUUCAGACACAAAGGGGAUGCGCAUAAAGCAAUUGAGGCAAGAGCAAAGCUGUAG